CUCCCUCUCGAGAGCCUUCCUUCCUUCUUCCUCCUCUCUGCUACCAACUUUCCCUCCUCGCAAUCCGCUGCUUCCUAUUUGCGUAUAUUAUUUCGGAAUCCGCCAUUGCUUUUGAUCUGUCAGGGCUUUUAAGACAUCGAACAAAACCCAAGGCCUCGCGGCACGAGCAUGGGAAUUUGCGUCUCCACCACCAAAGUCAGCGGCUCCGGCUCCGGCUCCGGCGCCGGCGCCAACGCCGGGUCCGGCGGGCCGAAGGCCGCGGCGGCUCGGCAGGGAUCGGCGCGCCGGGACGCGGAUCGGCGGCGUGAGCGGGAUCAGGGCAAGGCGGGCGAGGCGGAUACGAAGCCGACGGACGGUCGGCAGCUGAAGAGCAACAAGAGGAAGCAGAGCGGCGCGGUCCCUUGCGGGAAGCGCACGGACUUCGGGUACGCCAAGGACUUCGACGAGCGGUACUCGCUGGGGAAGUUGCUCGGGCAUGGCCAGUUCGGUUACACGUACGUCGCGAUUGACAGGGCCAAUGGCGAUCGAGUCGCGGUUAAGAGGAUUGAGAAGAAUAAGAUGGUGCUUCCCAUUGCGGUUGAAGAUGUCAAACGAGAGGUCAAGAUUUUGAGAGCCUUAACAGGCCAUGAGAAUGUCGUUCAAUUUUAUGAUGCAUUUGAGGACGACUCUUAUGUUUACAUAGCCAUGGAGUACUGCGAAGGUGGUGAGUUGUUGGACAGGAUACUAGCCAAGAAGGAUAGCCGCUACACUGAGAAAGAUGCAGCAGUUGUUGUGAGGCAGAUGCUCAAGGUUGCAGCAGAGUGUCAUUUGCAUGGUUUGGUGCACCGUGACAUGAAGCCAGAGAACUUUCUCUUUAAAUCAACCAAAGAGGAUUCUCCCUUGAAGGCUACAGAUUUUGGUUUGUCUGACUUCAUAAAACCUGGGAAAAGGUUUCAAGAUAUUGUUGGCAGUGCCUAUUAUGUAGCUCCUGAAGUUUUGAAACGCAAGUCAGGCCCAGAAUCGGACGUAUGGAGUAUUGGUGUUAUUACCUAUAUACUACUCUGUGGGAGGCGUCCUUUCUGGGAUAAAACUGAAGAUGGUAUUUUCAAGGAGGUUUUAAAGAAGAAACCUGAUUUCAAUCGCAAACCAUGGCCAACAAUAAGCAACAGUGCUAAAGAUUUUGUGAAGAAGCUACUGGUGAAGGAUCCCAGGGCAAGACUUACUGCUGCUCAAGCCCUCUCACAUCCAUGGGUCAGAGAAGGAGGAAGUGCAUCAGAUAUCCCUAUCGAUAUAUCUGUUUUGAACAAUAUAAGACAAUUUGUGAAGUACAGUCGACUGAAACAAUUUGCUUUACGGGCACUGGCAAGCACGCUUGAUGAAGAGGAACUUGCUGACCUCAAGGAUCAAUUUGCUGCAAUUGAUGUAGAUAAAAAUGGUUCUAUUAGUCUUGAAGAAAUGAGACAGGCCCUUGCUCAGGAUCUUCCCUGGAAGUUGAAGGAAUCACGUGUCUUAGAGAUUCUUCAAGCGAUCGAUAGCAACACGGAUGGGCUAGUGGAUUUUACUGAGUUCGUUGCAGCAACUCUUCAUGUGCAUCAAAUGGAGGAACAUGACUCAGAGAAGUGGCAGCUGCGGUCACAGGCUGCUUUUGAGAAAUUUGACAUCGAUCGAGAUGGUUAUAUUACCCCAGAAGAACUUAGACUGCAGACAGGUUUGAAAGGCUCCCUCGAUCCUCUACUAGAGGAAGCCGACAUCGACAAAGAUGGGAAAAUAAGUUUAUCAGAGUUCAGAAGGCUGUUAAGAACUGCAAGCAUGGGCUCUCGAAACUUGCCGAGCCCAUCUGGUUAUCGGAAUUCAAGGAAGUGGAAAGCCCUCUACAAAAGUUAAGACACCGGGUUAAGGGACUUUGCAGUGCGCCCAGAUUUAGCCGAGAGGAAGUGUUUGGAGAGACCGCUGGCUGUGUUCGAUAACUUGGUAAGAGGGAAGGGCUACGUCUUGUAAUGAGUGUGGGAUGUGUAGGUUGUGACUGUAGGCCUAUUCAAUUCCAGAAUGUGCAAUGCUUUUUUACUUUGUAAGGCCUUCUCUUUUCCCAAUUUUAUUCGCUCCGCAAAUAAUGGAAGUGUGGACAUUUUAAGUCUCUCUCAGAGAUAGGCAAUGCGCCUGCUUCGUCUGUGAAUGAUUUAGAGAUGCAUGCUGAACAACUAUUAAGGAAAAUAAGUUGAUCGCUUUUUGGUUAAGGCUA